AUGAAAAUUUUUUGUGAAGAAUAUUUUCUCCAAAAGAAAGGGAAUCUAAUUGUCAAAACAAUCGCAAACCCACAAGACCUGAAAAAUCCUUUUCAUUUCUGAUUAUUGUUUGUUAAAUUCUGUUUGCAUCGAAUGCUCUUAACUACUUAAGAUCCAUGAAAAUGGCUCUUCUCUCCAAACACAAAUUACACUUCAUCGAUGGAACCAUACCAGUUCUAAAGACAAUCUUGAGCUGAGAACGACACACUAUUAAAACUAUGCUUCUGCUCUCGUUCUUCAUUUGGUGUCCUCCGUUUUUCCUCUUCAAUUCCCCCUAGGCGAGUCACUUCAGCAUGCAAUGGAGGAGUGGGAGAAAGUUGCAAAUCCAGGAUUCUUCCGUAAAGGAGCUUCAAAAUCCUUCAUGCUCGUUGGCUAUGCUUGCUGCCCUUGGUUCUCUGAUUCGAGUUAUCAGAGCAUGUCCUCUGUUUUUUCACAAAUACUCGUUCACUGAACAUGUCUGUUGGUGAAAGAAAUUAAAAAUGGCCGCUUAGCAAUAGUUGCACGGUCAGGAUUUUAUGCUCAAGCAGGAAGCAGCCUUAGCUACGAUCAUCAGGUUUUGAUACAUGAACUCUCCAAGAUCGCAGUCCAACAAUUUAUGACUCAAAGGCAGUAAGAAUGCUAGCUAAUGAGUACUAUUUAUGUUUUUCUUUCAAUAAAAUUCAAAAAAUAUUGUAUUUGAAACGUAUGAGUUCUUCCUUUCCCUUUCAGAGAAAGAGGGUUAUAUAAUUAAAAAAUUGAAAAUAAAGAGGUCCUUAUAUCGUAAUGGUUGCAACUGAUUAAACAAUUGAACCAAAAGAAGCGUAGAACAUGAGUUCUUUCUUUUUUUCUGCAAGCAAAGGAUAAAUUCUCGUGAAAUCUGCGUUUCAAGGAAAGGUGAAAUGACGACCAAAGUAAAGAAUAUGAUAUUUAACAAAAUGAUAAUUUACACAAAAGACUUGCUCUUAUUUCCAAUUGGUACUAACAGCCAUUUGCAUUCUUUCUUAUUUUUUAUUACCUACUUUUAUCAGAUUGUGCUAAUAUAUUGAACUUCGACGCCAUGUCCCAUUGCAUUACCCAAUAAGUCGAGGACAAUCAGUAGCCAUUUUGCAUUGAAGCAAGCUUCCCUUCAAGGCUUCUCUCCACAAAGGAAUCAUUUGAUGUCUAGUAAAACUUGAUGUCAUUGAUUGGGGCUAGGGCCUUGGCCCUUGGGUAAGGCGACAAGAACUUGCAAUUGCAGUUAGAUAAUGUAAUGAAGGUUUGAUGGGAGAGGGUGGAAAAUAUCAUGAUAUCACCUCCUCUUCAACAGGAGGGAAUCACAUCUCAAUUAAUGUUGAUUCACUGGCCUCUUCCUUCAAAGAGAUGAUGUCUCAAAAUUUAUCAAUGUCUGAAAAAUGCUGCAUCUUCAAAAUCCCUCACAUACUCCAAAGGCACAAUGAAAAGGCGUAUGUCCCCAAUGCAUUUUCAAUUGGUCCCUGGUACCAUCACAAACCAAAGCUAAAACCUACAGAGAAAGUUAAGCUCAAGUAUCUCCAUGGCCUCCUCUCCAAAGCACCCUGCAGUGAGAAGAUGUUGAAGGAGUUCAUCAAAGCUAUCUGGGAAAUUGAGGAAGAUGCUCGUGCAUGCUAUGCUGGACCUGUAGAUGUCAAACCUGAUGAGUUCGUCAAAAUUUUGGUACUCGAUGGUUGCUUCAUCAUCGAACUGUUUCGAAAGGAUGAUAAUGAGAUCCUUAGGGAAGAUGAUGACCCAAUUUUUACCAUGUCUUGUAUGCUUCAGUAUCUAUAUCAUGACUUGAUCUUGCUAGAAAACCAAAUACCUUGGUUUGUGCUUGAAAAAUUGUUCAACAUGACCAGGGAAUCUGGAAGCAAGCCUCUUACUCAGCUUGCCCUUAAAUUCUUCCACAACAUUUUUUCAUUCACACCACCUCCAAUAGUUCAACCUUUCCAUGAACAAAAGCAUAUACUUGACCUCCUAAGAAAUUGGCUGGUUUUGUCCUCUGGAAAAGCUGAAGAUAGAACGCUUGGAUGGCAACCUAUUCCUUCUGCAACAAAUCUUGUAGACGCAGGCAUCAAAUUCAGAAAGGGAGAGGCAAAAAGCAUCCUCGAUAUAAAAUUCACUGGCGGUGUGCUGGAAAUCCCAUCACUGCUAAUUCAGGAGACAACAGAAGUUAUCAUUCGAAACCUGAUUAGCUAUGAGCAGUGUUGUCCAAAAUUAUCAACUAGAAUCACCUCAUAUGCCAUACUCCUAGACAACCUCAUCAACACAGCCAGGGACAUGGACAUACUCACAGAUAAUGGGAUCAUUGAUAAUUGGUUGAAUCCAGAGGAUGCAACCCAGUUCUUCAACAAGCUUUACCAUGAUGCCUAUGUGAAGCAGUACUAUUACUUGGAUCUCUGCGAAAAAGUGAACGAGUACUGCCACCGGAGGUGGCCCAGAUGGCGAGCUAUGUUUAUGAGGAAUUAUUUUGGAACACCAUGGGCUAUUGCUUCUCAAAUUGUGGCUGCUACCUUCCUUAUUCUCACCGUUUUGCAGACCUUGUUUACCAUAAUUAAGUAGCAUCUCCCUAUGUUUAGGCUUAUAUAAUUGGUUCAGAUGGACUAAUAUUACAAUUGGAUGGAUUUUUUUCACAUAAAA